CAGGAUUAGGUGUGAUUAUUAGAUUAGCAGUGUCUCACAGCCGUCAGUGUGUUCAGAGUUCAGCAGAGCAGGAAGAACAGGCAGCAUGAGCUUCAGCGUGGAGGAGAGAGGCAGAGAAAACACGGCCAGCUACAGACUUUACUUCAGAAACGCUGAGGAGAAAUACAUAUCUCCAUUCCAUGACAUUCCCAUCUACGCAGACGAGGCCGAGAACAUCUUCAAUGCUGUCAUCGAGGUUCCUAGAUGGACAAAUGCAAAGAUGGAGAUCGCGACUAAAGAUCCUCUCAAUCCCCUGAAGCAGGACCUGAAGAAAGGGAACCUGCGUUUCGUCAGCAAUGUCUUUCCUCAUAAGGGCUACAUCUGGAACUACGGAGCCAUUCCUCAGACGUGGGAGGAUCCGGGCCACAGGGAUGAAGACACGGGAUGCUGCGGUGAUAACGAUCCCAUCGACAUCUGUGACAUCGGGAAUCAGGUCUGCUCUCGAGGAGAAGUCAUCCGUGUGAAGGUGUUGGGGACUCUGGCUCUGAUCGACGAAGGAGAAACCGACUGGAAAGUGAUGGUCAUAAACGUGGAGGACCCCGAGGCUGAAGACUUCAACGAUAUCGAGGACGUCCGCAGACUGAAGCCUGGGCUCCUGGAGGCCACACUCGACUGGUUCCGGAUGUACAAAGUCCCAGACGGGAAGCCAGAAAACCAGUUUGCCUUCAGUGGUGAAUUUAAGAACAGGGAUUUCGCCAUUAAAACGAUUAAGGACACUCAUAGUUUCUGGAAAGCUCUGAUCUCCAAGAAAACAGACGCUGGAGAACUCAACUGUGUGAACACCUGUGUGUCUGACAGUCCCUUCUGUCGCUCCGCCGGUGAAGCCAGAGCCGUCCUGGAUUCAGCUCCUCCGUACAGUGCUGCGGAGCCGACUCCGAGCUCAGCUGAUAAAUGGUUCUUUUACAAACAGACAUAGAGAACGAUCAUCAGCGCUGAUGGGAAGAAUAAACGUCUGGAAAACAGUUUUAUUACACGCAUCCAUCAUCAAGAACAGCAGACUCACGGACGUCAUGAUUCUGUCAUAUACUGUAUUAGUUACUGAUAAACACUGUGUAGUUAGAUUCAUAAAGGCCUAAACAAAGUUUGGAUGAUAGGUAGUCGAUGCAAAAUACUGUAUGAACAUAUAAAGCCUUUCAAGAAUAAAGCAAUGUGACUUUAUAAAUACA